AAUAUUGUAGAAAAAUAAUCUUGCCAAUGUUUAAAAAUAAUUUAAAUAAAAGUUCCUAAUGAAGUAGUGAUUUUCACAGUGGUUUAGAAAUCAUUUAUUAUAUUUUUGGUAUUUUUCUGGUUAUAUUUGUUGAUUUCAUACGUUUAAAUGGGUCUGGCAUUAAUUAUAUUCGCAUAAAAAAUUAAUGAUUGCGAAAAUAACGUUAACAUUUAACGCUUUAGUAGUGUCCUUGUACCUUGUGUACGGUAGAAAUCGUGUGGUUACUUAGUGCGUACAUCAUCAGGUGUCUUUAUUGUAUGUAUUUACCGAAAUAUCUAUCAAAUCUUUCUAAGUAAGGUACGAGAUAAAAAGUUAAUCAUGUCGCAAACGGACAAUGAUGAUGAUUCGUUUAUAAUCAUUUUGGGCUCUUCCCCGGGAAGCUUAGAGGGUAAGAGCAAUGGUGGUGAUUUGAAAGUACCUAGUGGAAGUAUCGAGACUCGAAUCCUGGAUGAUGUCAUUAAGGAUCUGCCCGAACAAGCAAACAAUGCCUUUAGGGCACAAUUCAACCUUGGUGAUAGUCCAUCCCCAGCUAGUAUGAUGGUGGCUAGUACUCUAAUUACUGAUGACCGAAGUACAGAAGAACUACAGAAACGGUUUGGAGAACUAUUAGAUGAGAAUGUUGUAUUAAAGGAGACACUUAAGCAAAAUAAUGAUUCUUUGAAGGAGCAGUUUUCAUUAAUUGCGUCAUGCCAGGAUGACAUGCUCAAAACACAUAAAUUACAUAAAGAGAAAUUUGAUGAAACUAGAGCACUUGUGGAAAAGUUAAGAUUAGAGAACCGAAAACUUAAAGAAGAGCUUGUGCUUAUUACUAAAACCAAAGAGAUGUCACUGACAAAUGGUGUUAAGUCUGGUCCACCAUCAGGAGUAGAAUUUGUGACAUCGCCAGAUGAUGAUACAAUUAAUAAACUAACAGCCCAGUUGGAAUUGGUCGAGAAACAAAGAAGACAGGUGAUAGUUGAGAACGAAAAACUUACUUGGCAAAGGGAAUCCCUAGAGCACAUAGUCAAUGCAACUUCCAAAGAGAGAGACGAUUUAAAAGCCAAAUUGAAUACUACAGAGUUGUUAUUAUCAAGCAAAGAAAAUAACCACACAGAGGAGUUAAAGCAGUUGCACGGCACAAUUGAAGAGUUGCAAAAAAAGAUGAAAUCAAUGGCUAUGAAUGUUCACAGCAGCGAAAUACAGAAGAGAGAUGAAGUUAUACAAAUACUUGAAGGGAAAAUUUCGUCUCUAGUGAACGAUCUGAAAAAGGCACAGAUUACAAUAUUAGAUUUGGAAAAUAUUAAGUUGGAGUUUGCAAAAUACAAAGGUGGUGUCUCCGAUAUGGUGAAGACAUACAAAGAGCAAAUAAUGGAGUUGAAUACUAGAAUCAAAUCUUGCCAGACUAUGGUGUUUCAACCAGUACAUAUGACAAUGAAUUGUGAAGGUGAUGGAUCCCCGCAUUACGCAGGGUAUCUCGCCAAUGUCAAACUGUACGAUCGCACACUCAAACACAUAGCUGAAUAUCUCAAUAACUUGACAAACGGCAUCUCAGACGAUUUGGUUCGAACAAUGGGAGUAAUGUCGAGUAUACAGGAUGUGACAUUGGAACGUGCGUCCAUUGAAAAAGUUCGAGCGGGCUUGGCUGACGUCAAACAAGCGAUUUCGAAGCAACACAAUACAGUUCUUCAAAAUAUCGCUCAAUUGAAAGGCACUUUAACAAUAUUCGAAGGGAUAUUCAAGGAUUACAACGAGCUGUUGAAGAAAACAUUGACGAAGCGAGAAGAGACUCCGGCUGUGGAGCAGUUAACAGCAGCACUGGUAGCACGAGGGGAAGAAGUUCAAAGCCUGGAAAACGAAAUUGUGAUGCUUGUCUCUCAUAAAGAAGAUUGUGAACUAUUGAAGGCUCAAGUGGAAUUGUACAAGAGUGACUUUGAGGCGGAACGUAAAUCGCGUGAAGAAAUGGUGGCUGAGAAAGAGAAAAUUGCGACUGACCUCAGAGUUUUGAAGAAAAAGCACGCAGAGACUGCGAGACAGUUGGAAGAAGUCCGAAAAAUGAGCCCUAGUAUAGUCAAAACGGCUUCUGCCCGUAUCUCAGCCACUUCAGCCAAAACUUCGACUUCGCGUGGAUCUGUGGCCGCCUCUACUACAGCCUCUGUCGCAGCCAUUUCUGAUUCUACUGAGGGCGUGGUGUACACUUGUCCAAAGUGUAUGUUCUCGACGAAACAGUACAAGGUGUUGGAGGACCAUUUCGACUUCUGUCUAGACGAUUUCUAGUUCGACUCACGACAUUUAUAGACAAUAGAAAUUCAGUUCUGUAUGACCAGUAUAUUCUAUUUGACUUUUUUAACCCGAGGACAAAUUUAAAGGAUUGUUUAGAUAUGAAUAUAUUAUGUUGAAUGAGAGAAAUGACUCCCAAUUAUUUACUUAUUAAAUAUAUUUUUUAUCAUUAUUUCAAUUGUAUCUUGAUGUUAUAUGACAUUUAUGUCUUCCAAAGGUUCUUUUAGUAAUAAAUUUUAACAAAUGAUUUCGUAUGUAUUAAGAUACAGUAUGUACACGUAUGUGGUAUGCGUGAUGUUAUCGUUAUAGUGCUACAAACAAUCUGACUAAAUUGAACAAAUGCUAUAUUUUAUCUUGAUUAAAGCUCUGUUUAACGCCACAAAUAUAUGGGCUUCAGUUGCCUUAUUAACGAUUACUACUGGUCAAAUAUUUUUGUAGCAUUAUGGCAUUCAAAUUUUUUUCUAAACAUAUACGUGACGAAUAUUAAUGUAAAAUUUAUCACUAAAUAAGGGAAUUUUCGGAGAUUAACUCCCCUCCCCAAUGUAACGCGCCUAACGAUUUUCUGUACCAAAUAAGUGAAAUGUUUCUUUACCACUGAACCAUUAAACCUAAAAGUUGCCAUUUAUGUGGUGUAAAGUAUCGAAAAGUUGAAAACAAUAACGUAUAAUUCCAUCUCCGCCGCCCCCCCCCCCCCCCCACCAAAAUUCGUUACGUCAUACUUGAACGCUCCCUAAGGUGCUUAGUGCAUAGCGCCAUUUUCGUGAUAACCCUUAGCUAUGAAAAUGUGUGUACAGUCAAUGGCACAAAAUAAGUUAGAAAACUGAAAACUACAUGCGAUUCGAUCAGCAACGGUACUCUGUUACCAUGCGAUAUCUCUUAUAUAACGUUUUUGUACCUCGCAAACCCAAUUCAUAUAGGAUAUUAAUUGGAACAAAUUGGCUACAAAGUCGGGUUAUUCCUUUAAAACGAAUUAAAGAAUAGAUAAAAAGGUGCAUUGAGACUUAUUUAGUUUGCAUAAUACUGGGAAAGAUUUUAUUGAAGCAUUAUAAUAAAUUCAUUAAAUUGUUACCAAUUUCAUCUCUGUGCCAUGUUUCAAACGAUUAAAUAGAAAAACAUUAAUAGUUUACUGAUAGUUCAUAACUUGGACAUGUGAUUAUAUAAAAUAAUAAUAUAAUUUAAUAAUUUUCGUUGUAAUUGUUAUAAUUUAAAUGAUAAGUUGUCAGCUAAAUAUUAUUGUAUCGCAGUGCUUUAGACGAGAAUACUUGAAGAAAUCGGACCUUGGCUUGCCUACUUCAGGGUUAGCCAUUUCUCUAUUGACAACUAAGCAAGUAAUAGAAACCCCUAUUCCAAAGCAUUUUCUUGAGUAAAUAUUCUGAAAUACAAUUCUAAUAUGAACAAUCUAUGGUUUAUGUUACUUUAGUAGGUAUUGUAUAGAGAUAUAUAAAAAACUAUUAGAAGGUAGUGAUCUUUGUAUAAUGUUUGUGUUCUGUGAUGUCGCAAAUUUGAAAGAAUGCGUCAAAUUUGACAAACGACAAUUUUGGCUAACUUCAUGGCUGUUUUGAAGUAGGUGCAUAAUAGUUUAAAAAUAGAACAGAAACGAUAUUCACGAUAGCUAUGAAGUUAGCGACAAAUUUCUGAACAUUUGAUGACUGCACGCGACAUCUGUUGAGCUGUGUGAUUGAAAAGACUGUUUCAUUAUGUAAUAAUUAGAUAAUAAUGAUAU